GAGAUCAGAGUUUCUGUGAACGCUAUCAAAGAUUUUCAACCAGUUCAGACGAGCCUUUCUACUACUGCACUACAUUUGACGCCCUCUUAUAAUGUACAGCUUCAAAGUGGUAAUUGUAGGCGCUGGUCCCGUUGGCCUUACUACAGCACAUGCUCUCUCCAAAGCUGGGAUCGACUUCGUGGUGCUCGAGCGACGACAGGUGGUUGUCGAGGAUGUGGGUGCAAGCCUGGUUUUGGCGCCUCAAAGUCUCCGUGUUAUGUCGCAACUACAGCUUCUGGACAAAUUAACCGCUAUCAGCACGGAUUUGGUGCAUGCUACAAACUACACGAUGGAUGGGAAGAAAUUCAAGGAAGCCUGGCCAUUUGAAGUCAUGAAACAAAAUCAUGGAUCAGCUCCCCGCGUUUUCCAUCGUGCCGAGCUUCUUCAAGCAAUAUAUCAAGGCUUGAGACCAGAAGAUAAGUCACGAGUGUUGACGAACAAAAAGAUUACCAGUAUCGAAAGUGACAAGGCCGGAGUACGGGUACACUGUACAGAUGGAUCAACCUACGAAGGAUCUAUCGUCAUUGGGGCCGAUGGGGUCCAUAGCCAAACGCGUCAACUUAUGCGAAGUCUAGCUCUCCAAACUUCGCCAGGAGACACUGUUAACGACGAGGAGCCCUUCACAACCGAGUAUCGCACAAUGUGGUGCUCAUUUCCCAAGCCAGAAAAUUCAGAGAUUGGCUUGGGGAGCUCAACUGACGGGAGCAAUGCUUCGGUUCAGUACUUAACCAGUACGGAUCGUGCCUGGAUCUUUAUCUACGAACAUCUGGAGAGGCCUACGAAGAAGAGGGCAUGGUAUAGUCAGGAAGAUGUCGAAGCAUUCGCGGCCAAGCAUGCUGAAAUGCCUAUCAACGAUCACCUCAAAGUAAAGGAUGUCUUUGCAAAGAAAUAUCAUGCAGGUAUGGCGAAUUUGGAGGAAGGAAUUAUUGAGCACUGGAGCUGGGAACGUAUUGUGCUUGUCGGUGACGCGGCACACAAGUUCACCCCAAAUCACGGUCAAGGACUCAACAACGGCAUCCAGGACGCUGUUGUUCUAGUCAACGAGUUGCAUCGAUGUAUAGCAUCUGUCGGAGCCAGUGACCAACCUUCCAAAGGGGAGCUAAGCAUUGCAUUUCAACGAUACCAGUCUACCCGCACGGAAUAUGUGAAGACGGAUUAUAACCAUUCCGCAACGGUGACCCGGAUGUCUGCAUGGCCUAAUCUCUGGUAUAGACUGCUGGAUCGAUACAUAAUUCCUCUAAUACCGGGUUUUGACAAUAUGAUAAUGAAUUACUUUGCUGCCCCGCAUAUAGCUCAAGGGCAGAUAUUGGAAUUUAUACACAGCGAAGAAUCUUUCAAAGGCAAGGUUCCUUGGGUUUAUUCAAUUGAAACUUAGUCUCAUUAUUUCUAUUUCAGAAAUUUGAUUAUAAUAAUAUAUAAUAAUAUCGGAAACAAAUAAAAUUCA